AUGCAGUCAGUAAAGGAGAAUAAUAUAUCAAAUGCUGAAGCCGUUACCGCUACUGUUGGCACUACUACUGCAGUUACUGCCACUACUACUACAACUAACAGUGCCACCACCGCUAUUUCAACUCCUAUCACUACUGUUAGCGACCAGAAAAGACAUUUGCCAGAUUGGAUGGUAGGAGCUGCUAGCAGACAAAAGUCAUCUCACAAACUGAAUGAUAUUUCUAAGGAAAAUGUUGAAAUCUCUUCAAAAUCUAAAGGAGAAAAUAUACUUGGAAGAGUCCCGGAGACAAGACUUAAAUCUAAAUAUGAAAUAUUUAAAGAUGCCCUCAUAGAAUCAGCAAGGGAAGUUAUACCUGUGAAGGAGCAGAGAAAAGGUCAGAAAUGGAUAACAGAUGACAUCAUAUCUCUGAUGGAUGAACAAAGGAAAAUAAAAGAGGCAAAGGAGAAAUGGUUAAAUGACAAGUGCGAAAUCAUUGAAAAGAUCAAAAACAGUAAUACAUGUGCGAUGUAUAAAAACAUCAAAGAAAUCACUGGAAAAAGAGCUUGUACCGUUUCUAGAUGCAUAAAAGCCAUAUCCGGUUAA